CGUUCCAUCCAUCAACCUGACCACCUGCAAGUACGAGAGCGUGCGGCGGGCAGCGCGGUGCUGCGGGCUGAGAGAGGUGGGAGAAAAUGAGGAGUGGACAGUGUAUUGGACGGACAACUCAGUCUCCUUGGAGCGUGUCAUGGAAAUGAAGCGCUUUCAGAAAAUCAACCACUUCCCAGGCAUGAUUGAGAUCUGCCGUAAGGACCUGCUGGCUCGGAACCUCAACCGCAUGCUCAAGCUCUUCCCCAAGGAGUACAAGAUAUUCCCUCGCACUUGGUGCCUGCCAGCAGACUACGGAGACUUCCGGGCCUACGGAUGCAUGAGGAAAAAGCGAGCGUUCAUCUGCAAGCCAGACAGCGGCUGCCAAGGGAAGGGGAUCUUCAUCACCCACAACCCCAAGGACAUCAAGCACGGGGAGCACAUGAUCUGUCAGCAGUACAUCUCUAAGCCCUUCCUCAUUGAUGGCUUUAAAUUUGACAUGCGCAUCUACGUGCUGGUCACCUCCUGUGACCCGCUGAGGGUUUUUGUCUACAACGAGGGGCUGGUCCGGUUUGCCACCAUGAGGUACAUUGAUCCCAGCAGCAGCAAACCGGAUGAUAUCUGCAUGCACUUGACCAAUUAUGCUAUCAACAAGCGUAACGAGAACUUCAUCCAGCAUGACACCAUGGGCAGUAAGAGGAAACUGUCCACCCUGAAUGCCUGGAUGACGGAAAACAGCUACAACACAACAAAGCUCUGGGAAGAUGUUGAAGAUAUUAUCAUAAAGACUCUUAUUUCAGCUCACCCUGUCUUGAAGCACAAUUAUCAAAGCUGCUUCUUAAACCACACCUCUGGCUGUGCCUGCUUUGAGAUACUAGGGUUUGAUAUUUUGCUGGACAGAAAGUUGAAGCCAUGGCUGCUGGAGGUGAACCACUCUCCCAGCUUCAGCACAGACUCUCGCCUAGACCAGGAGGUGAAGGAUGCUCUUCUCUGUGAUACCAUCAACCUGAUAAACGUGAAUGCCUGUAACAAAAGGAAGGUGCUGGAGGAAGACAAGCAGCGGGUAAAGGAACGGCUCCUCCAGUCUCAUCAGCCUUCCCGUGCAUCCAGGCGCGAGGAGCUGCAGAGCAGCCAGGAGGCCUGGCUGUGCCAGGCGCAGCAGUACGAGGACACGCACCUUGGCGGGUACCGGCGCAUCUACCCGGCCAGCGGCACCGAGCGCUACGAGCUCUUCUUCAAGCACAGCGGCUCCCUCUUCCAGGAAACAGCCUCGUCCAAAGCACGGGAGGAAUGUGCCAGGCAGCAACUGGAGGAAAUUCGCCUGAAAAAGGAAAAGUUUGAAACUGCUACCAUGAAGAAGAAAACAGAGAGGAAGGAAGAGCUGCAUGGAGAGUCAGCAGGGGACAAACCCCGGACCCACAGUACCAGCACAGCUCCUUCAGCCCGCCUCACCUCCAGAAGCAGCAGGAUAUGGGAUAGGAAGGCACAGUACAUGCAGGUCAACUCCAUGCAACCCCAGGAUAUUGUGGAAAAUGAGGAGAAGAAAAGAGUAAAUGCUCUGCUGCAGCGUGAGAACCUUAUCCGAAGCCUGGGCAUCAUAGAGCAGCUCUCCCACCUGCUCCCUGCAACAGAGACACCAGCCGACACGCAGAGGUCCUGCCCUGCUGAUUGCAAGAGCCAG